AUGGACAGGCUACUUCAACGUCUUUCUCGAUAUCUAGUACACACGACGAACCACGCAAACAAGACGAAAGUUCUUUCCGUUUUAAACAACGUCAAGCGAGCCACCGACGGUAAAAACCUCUCAUCAUCCCGCGCCAGUGUCCAACACCAACAACCCGCGCGUCGUACCCUCCACUCCAAUAUCUUGAUCCCACGUUCCUUCCCCUCCACACGUGUUGGUUACAACGACUUUGAUCGGCGAUCCAUCCUUCGCAACAUGUCUUCCGACGCAGACUACGCUGCUUUUCUCGACAAAGCAAACCAAGAUACAGGCUCAGCAGAGACGAAGGAUGCGUCGCAGAAGAAGAGCUAUGGUACUAAGAGCGUGAACACUGCCGUGCCAAAGGUACUGGAGCAGGUAGAAGAGUACUAUAUUAGCGACUCGGAUGAGCCAUUUGAACCCGUUGCGCUAGAGUUUGAGGGUGCGAGCGUGUCCGCCGACGAUCUCAAGAAACUUCUUGGAAGCGACAGCGUAGAGGAGGUCAAAGGCACAGGCUUCGAAAGCCAAUACAAAAAGGUCAUUGAUGCGGUGAAGCAGGCAGGAAACGGUUCCGUCAAGGUCUUCCGGGUGGAGCUCGAGGGCACUAGGGCAGAGUACUACGUGGUUGCAGUGGACGACAAGGAAGGGAGGAUCGUGGGCCUCAAAGCUCUUGCGGUAGAGUCGUAA